AUGCCAGCGCCCAGUUCGGGCAUGGUGCCAUCCCACCACGAAGCGGACGAACGCCUCUCCGGUGAGGACGACGCGCUGAUCCGGGCGUCGGUCGACGGAGACCAACAGCACCCCCGCGUAACGGACAUUGGCUCGGGCAUCUUCGCGGCACCCACUCUGAUAAGCCAGCACGUCAACUCGCCGGCGGAUGGGCUGAUUGUCUGGGUGGUUGCCGGCCUGCUCGUCUGGACGGGCGCGGCAUCCUUCAUCGAGCUGGGGCUGCGCAUUCCCAGUAACGGGGGGAUCCAGGAUUUCGGUCUCGACUUAAAGCCGGCGGCCAACGCCGUCAUAGCCACUAUAUUCGCUGAUUACCUCCUCAAAGCUCUGUGGCCUUUCGAGCCGCUCUCGCCAUGGACAAUCAAGAUCGUGGCGCUCGCCUGUGUAGCCACACUCACGCUGGUCAACUGCUUGGGUGCUACUGCCGGAGCGAAAGCUGCCAACGUGUUCUUACUGCUCAAGCUUAGUGCGCUUGCGAGCAUGAUCAUUAUCGGUUUUGUGGUCUACGUGUUUGGCUACGGAGAUGGCGUCCCGGCCACAGAGGCUGGAUGGUUCGGAUGGGAUCGAUCGCCUCCGGCAGAGGUCAGCACAUGGGCAUGGCUUGGCAAUUCUGCCACUGCGCUCUUCGGGGCCCUAUUCAGCUAUGGCGGAUGGGAAGCAGUGGGCUUCGUCCUCGGAGACAUGAGGGAUCCGACUGGGGAUCUACCGGUUGUAAUCAAUGGAGCCAUGACCAUCGUAAUUUCUGGGUUCUUUCUGAUGAACGCGGCAUUAUAUGGUACGUGUGAAGUCUUCAGCGCCGACACUCUGAUGUUCUUUCAUGCCACUGAGAUCGGUGUGCCUAACCACUUCUACAGUACGUACGGCGAGGUUCCCACAAGUCAUAUCAGCUUGGUUGGACAGACAAACUAUCUUGCCUUCGAGAUGGAGUUCGCAAGACGAACAGUUGGCGGCUGGGGUGGGCUCGUAUUCUCGGUCGUGGUAGCGCUGUCAGCAAUGGGGGCCCUCAACGCCAACGUCACGGCGCGAGACGAGGCAGCAUACUUCCGCCAGACGCUGCCGUGGAUGGUUCGACUCCCUGUGCAGGUCUUUGCGAGGGCCACCCGAGACUUGCGGUGGGAGCAAUCCGUGCCCAUAUUCGCCCUGCUGAUGAAUGGGACUCUUGCAUCGUUUUACGUGGCCAUCGGUAGUUUCAACGGGCUGGUGACUUUCAUAGGGUUAUCCGAUUACUUCUUCUUCAUGAUGUCUGUUUCGGGCAUACUAAUCCUACGCAAGGCCGACCGGCAUAAGCCCACCGGAUCCGCGCACACGUACAAGACGUGGAUAGGGAACCCAAUCAUAUUCUCGUUCGUCAGCGGCCUGUUGAUCCUCAGGGGAGUCAUAACAGAACCGCUUCAGGGCCUGGCGAUCCUGUUUGCUGGCCUGCUCGGAUUGGCCGUCUUCUACACAAGGACCGGCCGGCGCGGUUUCGAGCUACCCGCGGGUAUAUGA